AUGGCUCCUACUCCUUCAAAGUACCAAGGGUCUCCCUUUAGACAACCAAACAGCCCUCAACCUCAUCAUCCUAGCUCAAGACAGUCUUCUAUAGUGGAAAUGCUAUCAACUCCCCCACCAUUAGAAGCAAAUGAUAACGAAUUAGAACAACCAAAUGCAUUAAAUCUGUCAAGAAACCCUUCACAAUCUUCUCAAUCUUCAUUGAAUACAAACUCUACAAACCAAACUAGAGAACACAAGGAUUGGCAAGACAUCAAAUUGAGCGAAUUGAUUGAAAGUGCAAAAUUGAUUUUCAUAAAAUCAGAUUUACCAGUAGAGGAUGCUUUUAAACUGCUCACCACUCAUAAUUUAACUUCAUUGCCGGUAGAGGAAUAUGAUAAUGAUAUAAAUUGCCUGACUUUUGAUUAUACAGAUCUAAAUGCAUACCUAUUGUUGGUUUUGGGGAAAUUAGCAGUUAAUGAACAACAAUUUGCCCAAAAUCCAUACUACAAGAACCCAGAAGAGAUUAAGGAACUUAUCACAAAGGCUAAAAGAGGACAGCAAGUUCCUGUUAAGUUUGUUUGUCAGUUGGCUCCAAAGAAUCCAUUUUAUAAACUACCAGAAACAGAAAGCUUAUCAACAGUGAUGGAGAUUUUAGGCUCAGGUGUUCAUAGAAUAGCAAUAACAAAUGAAUCAUCAACAAAAAUAACAGGUAUUUUAUCACAAAGAAGAUUAAUCAAGUAUCUAUGGGAUAAUGCUAGAAGAUUCCCAUCUUUAGAGCCAAUUUUCCAAUUUCCAAUCUCUGAGUUGAACAUUGGGAACUCAAAGGUCAUUUCAAUAUAUGGUGAUGAACCUUUAAUAAAUGCAUUGAUCAAAAUGAAUACUGAAAGAAUAUCUUCAAUUGCAGUGGUUGAUCAUCAUAUGAACCUAUUGGGUAAUAUUUCCGUCACUGAUGUCAAACAUGUUACAAAGUCAUCACAAUCACCAAUUUUACACAAAUCAUGCUUACAUUUCAUUUCAAUUAUCUUGAACCUUAGAGGCUUGGAGGAUGGUAAAGAUUCAUUCCCUAUAUUUCAUGUUUAUCCAUCAUCAUCAUUAGCUAGAACAAUUGCUAAAUUGGUUGCAACAAAAUCACAUAGAUUAUGGGUUGUUCGUCCAUUGAAUAGUUCAUCAACGAAUUCAAGUGCUUCAACACCUUCAGGAACUAAUUCUGCAGGAACUAAUGAAUCGAAUCCAUUGAUACCUGAACAUGAAGGUAGAGCUGGUAAGUUAAUUGGUGUUGUUUCGUUAACUGAUAUCUUGGGUUUGAUAGCUAGAAAACAUGGUAAGUUUCAUGUUGAUCCAAAUCAAGCAAGAAAACAAAGAAGAAGAUCAUCAUCUUCAUCAACAAGAUCAUCUGGCUCAUUAGAUCAAUUCAGAAGAUCCAUAAGUGGAGCAUCAGAUUUGAGAUGA